UCUUUUUCUUCUUCUUCAACUGUAAACUUGAGUUUUAUGUGAUCUUUGUUUUAAUUCAUUUUUUGGAGGUAAACAGACCCCAGUAUUCAUCUGUUUUUCUUCUAUCAGUGUAGAAACCUUUUUGGGGGGCAGAGGAUCAGUAUCAGGAACUUGUUUUAUAUUUUCUUUUCUUUUCUUUUCUUUUCUCCCCUUAAUUUUUGGCCGUGGAAGAAGGGUUUAGAGAGAGAGAGAGCGAGAGAGAGCCCCUGACAUUUUAAGUCUUCAACAUUGGUUUCUGGUUACAGCAUUACUCUUUCCUUUUGCAUGUCUGGUGCAUUCCAAUAUAGUAGCCUUCAUUUCUUCUAAUUUAAUUCCAGUUAUAUAUAUACAUAUAUAUAUAUAUAUAUAUAUUGAAAUUAUCAGAAAAUUAUAUAAUAUUCUCGGCUUUUUCCCUCUUAGAGUGCUAUUCAUUUAUUCUCAUAUAAAGAAGAAAAAGGUGGAUAAGUGUUGUGAUUGCACUUUUAUUCUAAAACCUAGCGAUUCAGGUAUUUGACAGCAUUUUAUUUAUCAAAAACUAGCAUAAGUGGCUUGCUUAUAAAUUAUAACGUGUUUUCUUUCAAUGGAUAUCAAAUAUGCGGGAUAUUUGUGAAUUUAUCCAAGUGAUUCUGGUAUGCAGGAGGCACUGUGGAAAUCUCCGAAUCAGUCGAUUACAUCAGAAAAGAAUGGUCUCUUCUUUCUCCUUACUGAAUAAAUACUACUGUGGUUUCCCUAAAGAGAUUAAGACCCAGCGCAAACUCGACCUGCCGAACAGAAAAGUUCAGCUGAAGUGUCAACUUAUCGUAGCUUCUCAUGAGAGUUUACUGAGCAGAAGGGUCUCCCUAGUUUCCAUUUCGACCGUAAUUGGUUUCGGUCUUAAUGCAUUACCGCCUAUUAAGGCAGAAGAGAAUGAUCGAAAAGAUAAAACUGAAGAGGGUGAUGGAGGUGUUUUGGGGGCGAUGAAAUCGAUAUUCGACCCCAAUGAGAAAACAAAGUCGGGAAAAGUACUGCCAAAGGGCUAUCUAAAGGCCGCGAGGGAAGUGGUGAGGACGCUCCGAGAAUCGCUGGAGGAGGAUACAAAGGAUGUUGCCAAGUUCAGGAGAAAUGCCGAUGCUGCGAAAGAGUCGAUCAGAGAGUAUCUGAGUGGUUGGAGGGGGCAGCAAACAGUUGUAGCGGAGGAAUCAUAUGCUGCACUGGAGAGAGCAAUACGAUCACUAGCCAAUUUCUAUGCAAAAGCAGGUCCCUUCGCUUCACUCUCUGAUGAGGUUAAAACGCGCAUUCUAAACGACCUGAACACUGCAGAGGCAUUUCUUUAGUGAGACCAGUACAAUUACUAGGUUGCCUUCAGCCUCUUCAUGUUUCCCUACUCCUACUUUCCCUUCCAGAUAGCAAGAGGAUUAAUAUGUCAUAUCUUUUGCAAUAUUAUUGAUUGUCCUGUAGACAAUUCAUGUUAAUUACCUAUGCAUGUAAAACGUGCCAGAAAUAUUUGAUAAAGCAAUCCAGUUUAUAAUUUUGAAUUUCCUGUA